AUGGAGCCGUGGCUCGAUUCCUUGUCAGAAGACUGGAAGUCUGAACACCGCUCAUCCUCCCCUGCGCUUUCUCUCGCAAGCAAUCCUCAGCAGGGCAGUGUCGCACUAUCCCACUCACAAAGUCGCAUCCCGCACCUCGCCAACAACAUCCGUAAAGAAUCGUCCAACGGGAGCUUUCUGAGACAUAGAUCAAGUCGUGGACAAGCCCGCCAGAGCAGCAAAUCCAUCCUUCGCGAACGGAGCGCCUCCAGUCUCAACUUGCCGAAUGCCCUCAGUUCACAGAAACAGUCAAGCCUGCCGCGACGAACAUCAAGUGUUUUCUCUGAUUCCCAGAACUCAGUACAACAUCACUCCAUCCACGAGAAACCCUCCUUGGCAGAAACACCAGAAUGGAAGAGACGGCUGGUUGCAGGGGAAGACAUCAAUAGCGACGGCUUCGAUCUAUUCUCGCCUUCAAAGUUAGAGGGCGUUUUCAAACAGCCGAAUUCAUCGCAGUUACAGAGUGAUAGGGUCGAGCAACCUGAGACUGGCUCAGUCCGGAAGCCGUUCAAUCUGCCUGCGACCAAUCCCUUUCCCGAACAGCAAUAUUCCAGCUAUCGAGUCAACAGAAGUCGGUUAAACCUGGAGAUUUUGGAAGAGGUCAAUGAGGAGGAAGAGGCGGAGCAUCAACACUUGUCUGCAGUAUCAUCGGACCUCGUAAGGACUGGUUCUCUCCGAGGCUUGGUGAAGCAACGAGUCCAAUCCCUCGAGGGUGCUGAGAAAAGUCGUUCUACGCCGUCAUCACCGAGGGGCUAUAAUGUGCAGGAUCCACGAUGGCGAACGAUCAGCGGUCAAGAAGAAUUGCGAAACGAGUUCAUUUCUCCCGUCACGGUGUCAAAACAAAACUCGAUCCGUGAUACAGUGCUACGCACAGAUAUCGAUAUACACGCGUUGAAAGGUAAAUUGCAAAGUGCUGCUUCGAGGGAGGAUGACCGGCCGGGUUCAAGCUUGAGUGACAGCCGCAUCAGCUAUAUGGACAAUAAAGAUCCCGAAAAACAUUUCCAGGAUGAACCACUGCCUGAUCUGACCUCUCAGUCUUUACCUGACGACUUGUCUAUGGGCACGCAAGAUUUCAUUACAGGUGGAGGCUUCAUUAAUUCGCGACGUGGCGGUCGUUCGAAUGAAGCAUCGUUCCUCCGCAAGAGUCUCAGCCUCAGUCAAGAGCCUUCCCAAAUUGAGCCACACCAGAGACCCGAUUUUCAGUUUUACAGUUCGCCGCCCCCCGCUUCACGAGUCCUUGACGAUAGCAUAGAUCAAAGCAGGCUUAGUGCAAGUGCGCCAACAACGCCGCAGGAUACGAGUGUUAUUCACCACACAGAGAAUCAGCUCCGGCCCCCAUCUUCUGGAAGCCCCCUGAAGUUGUUCGGAAAUCGAGACACGUACACGAACAAUAAGCUCAUGCGUAUCUUGAGCCAUUUUGAAGAGCCUGACGAAUCGCGUGAGAAAGUGACUGCACUUACGUCGGAGGAGGAAGCACAAGAGACCGAGUUUCGCAUGAGUCAAUUUGGGCAGGGUGAGCUUGACGGAUUUGGCUUUGAACAAAACAUUCGCAGACCAUCCCCAGUCGAACAAGCAGUAGUGAACCCGGAGGAUAGAAUCUUCAAAUCUCUUUUGUCACAGUCGUUGCAUAUCUCUGAAUCAAACCCCGGCGCAGCCGCAACAGAAACCGCACUCGAAGUGGAUCAGGGAAGCACAGAGCAGAAAGAAACCAUCGCCCACGGGGAGAAAGAGAGAAUCAAUAAACGACGAAAGACACUUGUCGAUGGCCAGGUGUCGCCACCAACCAACGAGGUUGAAGUCAAGAUUCCCGAGCUGGGAGACGCAGCCACAUAUGCAGGGAAGAAGAGAAAGGAUGCCCGGCCUGGUGACGAAGGGUUCGAGGCAGAUCCAGAAGUCCUUGCUUCACGGGAUCUUUUAAGACCGAAAUCGGCGAGAAGAUCUUCUUCCAUCAGUCGUGUCACGGUAGUUCCAGGUGCCGAAGUUGUUGAAGCAGGACCGGGACCCCAAGUGGUCAAUGAAGACCUCACAGAAGCUCUAGCUGCAGAGCUGGCCACAUUUGCGCAGGAAGCAGCCCAAGUAAACAAUGAUUCGCGCAAGCCAUCCCUGGCCACGAAGGACUACAUGGAGGAAGCCAACAAGGUCAUGCAGUUCAUUCGGUCUCGAGGCAAGCCAAAGCCUGUUGCUGCUCUGCCAGAUAUUACAGAGCCGGCCGACGUGUCAGAGCUGAAUGCAGAUGCUAUUCUGGAUCUUGAUAUCGACGCAGACUCUACGAAGGACGACUUCUCUCGACCACCGUCUCGAGAGCAUGUGCCACGGCACCCCCAGGACCGUCGUCAUGCACGCCACGACUCCAGAACAGCAAGCUAUCUGCGGAAAUACCGUGAAGACGACAUGGACGCUCUGGGCAGCACCUCGAUGUUUGGCACACUCCCACCAGCACGUGAGGCCGUGUCUUUGAGUGCAGAAGCUGAACCUGCAGCUCUAGAGGAGAUUCAGGAGAGCGAUCCGCCAAACAUCCGCAUUUUGAAUGCCACCGAAACUGUUAGGAAACGGAAGUACUCAAGUUCCACCGUCGGGGGCCAACAAGAUUUGACACUGGAUCGUCUGGCACACGCUCAACAAUCCCAUAACAGCUCCACUCAGCAGUCGUUUCCUACGCGGUCGUCUGCAUCCGGCCAGAAAGGAGUCAUCUCUUCUGGUACCGUAUCGAUUCCCGACCACGUGGGAACUAUGACGUUCGAUCAUGACAAGAAGGUGUGGGUGAAGAAGUUAUCUAGCGAAGACGGCUCGAAAUGUACGGACAGACAGCAUCGGAAAACCGUGAUAGAGGAUGACCCUUUUGAGGACAUCCCUGACUUGAGCAUUGACGAACAGCGGGAGUCGCAGUCUCAUGGGGUGCAAUCAAAGACUGCCGUAGACCAGAAAGGAGACAUGUUGCGGGCCAACGUACGCGGUGCGAAUGAAGCAUCUCAACCCUCUCCACCCCCGCUUCCGGACCGCAAUGUCAAUCCCGCAUGUGAGCAAAGUGGCGAUGUACCGGCAGCCGAGGACGAUGUCGAGGAAGUCGAUCGAAGUUCCCUUCGCUCCAAGGCUUCAGCGCACGAAGCGAAGCUCCACAAUGGCAUCCCUUCCAAACCUCCGAGUCAGCUCAAAGACGACCGAAGGCAAGCUCGAGCAGUUACCAUUGCGUUUUCGUCUCCGGUUGUGUCGGCAGUGAACUACGCCAACUUUUCUGAAGACGACUUCGAUGACCUUCCCCGCGAAGAAGAUCUGCCCCUUGAUGAUUCAGCGAUCGACCUCGAUGCUGAGCAUGUUGAGCAAGACCUACCACACCCAGCUGUGCUGCCUCGAUCCACAGACUCCUGGAGGAAAGUUCAUCAAAUGCAGCUGCUCAGUCAGGGUUCAGUCACGUUCCAACCUCGAACGAUAUCGCCUAUUGUCGAGGACGAUGAAGAACGGUUUCAGCCUCGGAUGAGUCUUGUCCACAUGAAGCACUCGGAUAUGGUGACUCCUGCACCACCAAAGACCAUCGCCAAACUUGAAAAGGCAGGCAACAAGGGGGCCAGCAUUCUGUGCUUGACUCCGCUGUCUGACUUCUCCGUGCACCAAAUCGAUAAAGCCAAAGACCCCGACCAGAGCUACGUUGAUGAAAGAAAGCAUCCAAAUGCACUACGGCAAGCUCAUGGCUCGCUAGCAUUGGCUGUGGAUGAGCUAGUCAAGGCGAUAACAGACGCAGCGCCGGAGGAGCUGUUUUGGGACCAGCUCCGUCAGAUGACGCUUGCUCCUGGCAGCGUUUCUUCAGUCCACGGCCUGAAAGAUUACUGUCCAAGCUUGGAAGAGUUGAGUAUCCCCGGAAACAACAUUUCCCAGCUGGGAGGCUUGCCGCCCACCUUGCGGAUCCUUGACAUGGAGAAGAAUUUGGUUAAUGACCUCACUUCCUGGAGCCAUCUCCGUAACCUUCAAUACCUCGAUGUGUCGGGCAAUCGGUUGGAGAGCUUGGAGGGAUUCAGUUCCCUUGUCCAUCUGCGGAGCCUCCAUGCAAACAACAAUCAAAUCUCCAACAUUGACGGAAUCCUGGAUCUGGACGGCCUGCUUGAGCUAAAACUCAGCGACAACGACCUGACUAAAGUUGAUUUUGAGGGCAGUGAUUUGAAACGACUGAAGACACUGGAUCUUAGCCACAACCAAUUGGAGAUGGUUCAGAACAUCCACUACUUGCCUGCUCUAGAAGAACUUGAUAUCUCUCACAAUGCUCUGCAGUUCCCGAUGACAUGCCAUGAUAUGGAUAUUCCGUUGCAGAGACUGCGAAUUGCCCACAACGAACUGGAAGUGAUCUCUCUGAAGCAUAUGCGAGCUCUUCGAUAUCUGGAUCUCGACAACAACAAGAUCAAGGACAUUCAGGGGUUGCAGACGGCAUAUCACCUUGAGUUUUUGUCUCUCAGGCAACAGGCAGAACAAUCGGACAUUGUUGAUUUGGUUCUGUCCACACCUAACGAAUGCCGACACAUCCGUCUUUCGUCGAACUUGGUGGGGAAUGGGACGUUGAAACUCCCGGCAUCGCCUCAAAAUAAUCUGCGCGAACUCGAGAUUGCUGCAUGUGGCAUUUCGGAGCUUCCCGAAAAGUUUGGGCUGUUCUUUCCCAACUGCCGAUAUCUGAACGCCAAUUUCAACGCCAUCAAGGAGGUAGACCCGUUACGAAAGAUGGUUCAUCUGAAUACCUUGCUCCUGGCGAAGAACCGCGUCCAGAGGCUGAGGCGAACUUGCCUGGUCAUGUCCAGGCUUCCGUCGCUGCAGCAAAUUGAUCUACGCGAAAACCCUUUGACGGUGGGAUUCUAUAGUCCUGCGACAGGUCAAGUGGCACCUUCGGAGUCGGCACGGUACGACCUGCCUGAGGGGUCGGAGACAGAGGACGCUUGCUGGAUGAAAGUGCUUGAUGAAAUAACGGGUUUACGACGACGUACAAUCGAGUUGAUGCUUGCCGAGAAUUGCAAGAACUUGGUUCAACUCGACGGACUGAAACUUCCACGUGGGCGGUCCAGGUCGGAGGAUGAGACAUGGAAUAAACUGACGGGCCGGGGAGUGCUUGUGAAGCCAACGACCACGAUUGUGGAAGCGGCUGGUGGAAAUGAUGGGAAUGCGGAGUUUCCGGAUGGUCUUGGGCGGGAUUGUCUGGUUACUGGCGAUGACGGGGAUGCAUUUAAUGGUUGA